AUGAUCGAGGCGGGUGAGCUGAAGCGUAAACGCUCAGAGGAAGAGAGCGGCGAAUAUGCCCCGACGGCGACAGUGUUGCUUGCUAUUCCCAUGUUAGUUUCAUACCCUCCAGAUCAUCCGCUACAUGUUCCUGGACUUCGCGUAUCUCUCAAGGCGCUUCGUCGGUGCACGGGCCUCACCGAUCAUAACGACAGUGUCAAGCGUGUAAAGGGUGAUGGGUGGGUCGGUCACGGGGAGGCGAUGACUCCUGAACUAGAAAUUCGAGCGUGGACAGCAUUGGCUGAAGUCGGUAUGAUGGUCCUCGCAACGAGGUGUAGUCGAUGGGGAGAGGAUGAUCAGUCUGCAUGGGAAUGGACCACUGGCGUAGAACAAGACAUUGAUACUGCCCUUCGUAAAGGGCUCGGUCUAGCUACAUCCCUUCCCUCACUUCGAUCUUUCAAAGAACCCCUCACGCUUCUUAGUGCACGCGCUGCAACACCUAAACGUGCUCUCAAAAUCCUUUCGACCAUGCUAUCCUCAAAUACCACGCCACCCACCAAAUACACAUAUGAAGCAUACCUCGCUCUCGCUGAUCUUCACCUCCGCCCGGCUAGUAAAUCUAAUUCUGGGCAAGGAAGGCUAAACCCCAACCUUGGUGCUGGACUCCAUGUUCUCGAGCAAAUGCGGACUAGAGCACAACAGGCAGGGGACAUUGCUGUGGCGCAAUUAACUAUGGUUGCAAUAUUGAGGACGAGGAUUGUUCACGGCACGGAUUCGGGGGUAUCUGAGACAAUGGAAAAGCUAGAGGUGUCAUUGAAUCAAGUAGAGGAAACCCUGGGUAUUGCCUUUCCAGUUCAGUCCGAUACAGCUACGACAGAAAGUUACAACUUGCAGCAACCCAAUUCCUCACCUCGUCAAAACCCCACCCAGAAUACCCCUCAAACUCCUAAAUCCUCUUCAACAUUGCAGAAAUCCUCGGAAGAGGACUCAGAUGAUGCCUCCAUACCCGCCCAUAUCCACCAUCUUCGUGCACAUGUAUUAUUCCUCGGAGUUGCACUCUACACCCAUCUCGGGGAUGCGCAGAGUGCGGCUCAGCGGCUUGGAAAGGUUCACAAUAUCCUCGACACUGGGUACCUUGAUUUUCCUGACGAGGCAUGUUUCUGUGGACGGAGUUCGGGUGAAGUAAGGGGCCAAAAUAAGGAUAUGCCCACCGUCGAUGUUCUGGGAGCUACCUCACAGACACAUCUAAAUUGUCCGUGCGCCAGCUCGUUCCUUCUUCCGAUUCCCCUAGCCUCGAACGAUUCCCUACUCAUCAAAUCAACACAUCCGCGCGUCGUAUUCGAAUUGGCGUUUUUAAUAUCCAGUAUUGCCCGUCGUGACGUAGUCGGACGAAAGCCUAGACGAUUGAUUUUCGCUAUGGAAGGACUGAGAGCGGGUGCAGAGGUGGGGGUAGAGGUCGCGUUUCCCGUGUGGGCGACUUUAGAAGACGUCAAGGAAACAGAAUUAAGACUUGCCGAGAUUCGCGCCGAUCUGAUGUGCGAACUGGUGGCAGCCGCAAUACGCACAUCUUCUGCGGGCUCAUUUAUCCACACCUCUUCCAGCGCCGGUCUUACCGGCCUUCGAAUGGGUAUUUCCGCUCGAGACAAGUACAUAAUCUCCGCUUCCAAAUCACCAUCCACCCCGCCUCCCGACUCACCAGCUCCAAAACCCGAUCAAAAAGUCCUAUCAGCAUGCACCUACUCCCUCGCCCCACUAGCCCAUAUUCUUACGUCGCCAACCUUGCCCAUCGUACGGGCCAAGCAAGAACUCAAAAUGGCUUUAGACUUGUCUUCGAAAUCUCAGGAUAAUUAUCUCCGCGCACUCGGGGUGGCAAUGAGCGCCGCCAAGUAUAUGCAUACCGCCGAGUCGCAUGCUGGUGUCAUGCUUGGCACCGUCAAGGCGUUGGCCGCUGGGAUGGGUGCCAUCGAGAACAAGAAGGGAGAAAGUCCGAGCAAGGAAGCACGCGAAGACGGCAAGUCCAAGGAGGUAACGAAGAAAGGUAGCUUUGGAAACGCGGUAUUGGGAUUAUGGGUCGGACUCAGACUUUAUGAACUCCAUAAACGCGCUGGAGAUGCUGAGCAAGCCAAAAAGCAAGACUUGAAGAACCGGCGGCUGGUCAAGGCUGUGGCUGCUAUUGAAAUUAUGAUCAAAGAAAAGAUGACUAUCUAG